AUGGACUCACGUACGGUGUUUGUCUUAUUAUGGAUGUUGCUGUCGUCCACCUCCACUGGGAUCAAACUAGAUGGAAAUGGUUAUGUUGACGUUGUCAUUGCAAUCAGUUCAAAAGUACCACAGGAUAUCAGACUUAUUGAUAAAAUCAAGGAGAUGGUCACUGAGGGGUCGUUUUACCUUUAUGAUGCAUUGGAUGAAAAGGUCUAUUUCAGAGAAGCUACAAUACUAGUCCCACCUCAGUGGAACGGUACAAACUUUACCAAAGCAAGAACAGAGUCCUUUGGAAAGGCCAAAAUAAGAAUUGAUAAUGCUAAUCCAGCAUACGGUGUUGAACCAUACACUAAUCAAUAUGGAGAAUGUGGAGCUGAGGGAGAGUACAUUCAUUUCACCCCAGAAUACCUCCUGAAUGACACUUUAAUUGAGCUUUAUGGAUCAAGAGGAAGAGUCUUUGUGCAUGAGUGGGCUCAUGUGAGAUGGGGCGUGUAUGACGAAUGCAAUGGAGAAAAGCCAUUUUACCACUCUAAUGGCCAUAUUGAAGCUACAAGGUGUAGCAAAAACAUUGAAGGUCAGUUUUAUGAAGUUACUGCUGGAGGAUCUCUGCAACAGUGCCGCAUUGAUCCACAAACUUCACUACCUACCAAAGGGUGCAUGUUUUUUCCAGACAGAAAUCAAAUAACAAACAGCUCCAUUAUGUUCUUACCGGGUCUGGAUCCUCUAGAGAGUAUUGGAGCAAGAACAUCUGAUUUGUUCAAUGGGACAGUAUCAGUGGAUCAGACUGUUGGGAACAAAACCAGCUUUGUAAUAAUCUAUGAAAACAGUUUGCCUAGUAUUUACAUACAGUCUCCAAGUGGCUUAAUCUACACUCAGACAAAUAUGAAUCAUGAUGUAUCACAGAAAACAGUCACUUUAAACAUUCCAGGAACUGCAGAGUCUGGGGACUGGAAGUACAGUAUCCAAACUAAAAUACUUCAGGCUUUCACUAUAACAGUAACUAGUCAAGUGGCACAAGCUGAUGUUCCCCCUAUCAUUGUCAAAACCCACAUGAACCAGCAGUUCAGUGACGGCACUAAACCCAUGAUAGUGUUUGCUGAGGUUAGUCAGAAUUACAGGCCUGUAAUAAAGGCUGAAGUGUGGGCUACACUGGAGUCGGAAACUGGCUCCGUACAUACAUUACAACUGCUGGACAAUGGAGCAGGAGCUGAUGCUUUUCAAGAUGAUGGAAUCUAUUCCAGAUAUUUCAUAAAGAUGGUAAAUGGGAGAAGCAGCUUGAAAGUAAGAGUGAAGAAUCAAAGUGGACAAACCAGAUUUGCUGUCCUAUAUGUACCUGGAUGUGUGAUAAACGGUGUAGUGAAGCUGAACCCUCCAAAGCCUCCCGUUUUUGAAGAACCACUUGACGUUGGAAACUUUACCAGAACAGACACCGGAGAGAGUUUUGAGGUGAAACUUUCAGGCACAGCUCCACCAAAUUUCCCUCCUAACAGAAUCACAGAUCUGAGUGCUGAGAUACAGGAGGACACGGUGCUUCUCAACUGGACAGCUCCUGGUGAGGACCUCGACCAAGGGACAGCUAAAACCUAUAAGAUCAGGUGGAGCUUUGACCUUAAAAUGCUUCGAUUCAACUUCAGCAAUGGUCAUUCAGUGAACACAACUGCAGUCUCACCUCAGGAGGCUGGAUCAGUUGAACAGCAUUCAUUCAAUCUCAAUAUCACAAUCCAAAAUGGCACCACACUCUUCUUUGCAGUUCAGUCGGAGGACAAACAAAAAGCAAAAUCUGAAACCUCCAACAUUGCUCAAGCUUCAAAGAUCCUCCCUGCUCCAAAACCUCCAGGAAUAUCAAACCCAGGCAUGAUCUUAGUUCUUGUCAUUUCUCUGUGUGUGGUAACUAUGGUCAUAUGUUUUAUUGUUGCUGUAGUCAUAUGUGCAGUGAAACGCAGAAAACGCUCUGCUCAAAGUGAUAUGGCAUUAAUAAUCGCAAACGAAUGUCAAAACAAUCUGUAUGCCUAA